AUGUCACCCGACCCUCGCCUUCGAGAAGCUUUUGCUCUUUUUGACCGAGAUGGUGAUGGUGAAUUGACGUCCAGCGAGGCCCUGCUCGCGAUUCGCUCAAUAGGUGUCGUCGUGAAUGCAGAUGAAGCGAACGGCAUUCCCGCUUCGAUGUCGUGGGACCAGUUUGAGAGCUGGGUUACGAAGAAAUUGAGCGGUUCCAACCCGGAGGCCGACCUUAUCAAAUCAUUCAAGGUGUUUGACACAAAGGGCGACGGCACCCUUUCCACUGAUGAGCUCAUGCAAGUUAUGAAGACCCUUGGGGAUAUACUGACGGACGAAGAGGUGGAGAAGAUGGUGCAAGACGCCGACCCCAGUAAGUCGGGUCGGAUUAAGUACGCGGAGUUUGUGAAGGUUCUCUUGAGCAACUAA